AUGUCAUCGAAUUGCACUGAUUCUCAGCAUGAACAUUUUCUUCACCGGCUCUACGGCUUCAUAGAAUACUAUCGGAAGCAGAUAUCAAGUCUUAUUGCUUUUAUACCAGCGGACUCAAUCUUGUACACUGGUUACAACUUUUUAUGCCGUCUAUUCCGAAGACUCAUUGGACCAAAACACACAUUUGAAAUUAAAGAUCUUCCUGUUCCAACAUUGACAUGCUCAAAUUCAAGUGUGAAUACCAAGAGUGAAAUAUCUGCACAUACGGAAGAAGAACUAAAAAUUUCGGAAGACUUCAAAAGAAAAAUGGCCAAAAGGAGAGCUGAAUUGGAGGAAAAAAUGGAGGUAUUUAAAGCAGAGACUGAGAAAUAUGCUGAGGAUUUCGAGAGGGGAAAACGUGAAAGUGAAAGACAAAUUGAAGAGUUGAGGGAGACAUAUCGACUGGAGCAGCUGGAGAAGGACAAGGCUGCAGACAUGGCAAACGAAAAUCUAAGAAAGAGAUCAAAGAAGAUCUACAAUGACAUUAUGAAGAGAGGCACAGAAACCGACAACUUGAACACUGCAAAGUUGAAUGAAGAUUUGAUUUCUAAGCUGGACGAUUUGGAGGUUGGGAGCAAAGAAGAAAAUGAAAACGAUGCCCUGAUUCCAAGAAUGGAUAGUGGAAACAAGAUAACUGCUGAAUUGAAAUAA